AUGACGGACACGCGAGGGGGACCGGCGCCGUCUCCCUCCUCCGCCGCCGCCGGACGCGCGCCGCACGCGCCCGGCAGCGGCGGCGUCUCCGUGUUCGUCGGCACGUGGAACCUCGGCAACGAGGCGCCGCAGAUGGACGCGUGCGCGGAGUGGCUCGCGCGCGCGCGCGGGCACGACGUGAUCGCGAUCGCGGCGCAGGAGGCGUCGUACCCGCACGCCAAGCAUAACCUCUCCCCGAAGCUCGUCUCCGCGGAGCUCCAGGACGCGAACGCGUACCAGGUGAAGAAGCUCGGGUUCAUGAAGAGCUCCAAGCUGACGCGCGCGGGAGGGAUGGCCGCGGGAGCGAUGGCGGGCGCGGUCGCGGCGGGGCCGUUCGCGCCCGUCGGCUUCUUCGUCGGCGCCGCCGCGGGGUAUUACUCCUCCACGAAAGUCACCGAGGAGAUCAAGGUUCGGAAUCACUUCUUCGACGUCGUGAAAGCCGCGGUGGGGCCGGGAUACGUCGUCGCGCAGACGAGCGUGCUGCUUCAGAUGCGCCUCAUCGUCCUCGCCGCGGCGCCAGUCGCGGAUCUCGUCGCGGAGAUUCGCGUCGGGCAUCAGGCCACGGGGAUCCUCAAUGCGGUCGGGAACAAAGGGGGGCUGAUGGUCAGACUCGCGCUGCAGGGCGGGGAGAGCAUCGCGUUCGUCGCCGCGCACCUCGCCGCGCACGAGGGCGCGAAGCACGUCCUCGCGAGGAACGAUUCCCUCGCGCGCAUUCUGAGCGGGUGUUGGCUGAGCUCGAGGCCGGCAAAGUUGGGCGGCGGGCCGCCGGGGGGGACGGCCAACGCGCACGAGGGCGCCGCAAGCGCGGUGGGGGGCGCCGCGGGACCCGGAGGGGACCCAGACCUUGAAGGCGGAGGCGGAGGCGGAGGCGCUUCGUCGACCGGCGCGACGCCGCCGACGUCCCCCGGGAGCCCGACGGCGAAGCGGACUCCGACGACGAUGGCGUCUCCGACGACGAUGGCGGCCAUCUCGAAGAAGUGGAAGGAAAAGACGAAGGCCAAGGUGGACCACGGGCGCGAUCACGCGCACGCCGUGGAACUCCUCGCGUGCACGUCGCACGUGUUCGUGUUCGGGGACCUCAACUACAGGAUCGACCCCGGGGUGGUGACCGGCCGCGGGUGGAACAAGAGCUGGAAGCGCGGGUUCGACACGAGCUCGACGAGCAUCGCCGCCGCGCUCAAGAACAAGAGCGGCGCGCGGGAUAAAGCCGCCGUCGCCGCGUUCGCCGCCGCCGACGCGGCCGCGCGGGAGUCGGGGGUUUCCAGCGCGACGCCGCCGCCUCCUCUCGGCGGCGGCGGGAACGCCAGUCUUCUCAACGCGACGGCGACGUCGGGGCCCCUGACGUCGCCGGGGGCGCCCGCGGAGGGACUCGACGACGCCGCCGCCGCGCCGCUCGUGCGCGACCGACGCAGAGAAGAGGAAGAGGACGAGGAAGUCAAGAUUAGCGGGAAGGACGACGACGAGAUCGCCGCCGCGGCGGCGCGGUACGUCGAGGGGUGGAACGCGGUGAACGAAAAGGCGGCGGCGGGCGAUUUCGCGGCGUUGCUCGACGCGGAUCAACUCAACCGCGAGCGGCGACGCGGCGCGGCGCUCCACGGGUUCCGCGAGGCCCCACUCGGGUUCCCGCCGACGUUCAAGUACGACCCGAACAAGCGCGAGCGUCGGUGCGAGUACUCGCGGAAGAGGGUGCCGUCGUACGCGGACCGAGUGUUGUUUCACUCGCUGCCGUCGCGCGGCGUCCGCGUGGCGGAGUACGACGCCGCGAAGCCGUUGUGCACGAGCGACCACGCGCCGGUGUACGCGUCGUGCGAGGUUGAUUUGCCGAAGGUGUUGGAUCACCUCCACGCGAAGGUCGCGGCGGCGGCGGCGGCGGGAGGGGAGACGGCGGCGGCCGCGAAGAAGACGGCGGGCGCCGCCGCCGCCGGCGCGACGAUGGUGAAGGCGACGCUGCGGCUCGUAAACUUCCGCGUAACGCUCGACGACGUGACGUUACGGCAGCCGAAGGACGCGAACGGAACGGAGCCCGGAACUCCGGACGCGACGCCGUCUCGACGCAACUCCGUGUCGCUGACGUCGCCGAAGAAGGACAACGCGACCGCGAAGAGCGCGGCGGCGGCGGACGCGAAGACCGCCGCCGGGGGCAAAAAAGACGGCGUGAGCGCGUCCGACUUGAGAGACGCGCUGCGUCGGCUCGCGGUCGCCGCGGGCGUGGGUGGCGCCGCUGGGAAGUACGACGGCCCGCCCGCGGUGUGCCAAUUCACGUGCGAGGGCCCGAACGGCGGCGGGUGCGGCGCGGGGACGUGGUGGGUCGGGGAUCCGUCGACGAGAUCCGCGUCGGCGGCGGACGGCGCGGCGACGCCGACGCGGACGACGACGGAUCCCCGAACGGCGGCGGACGAGGCGGACGGCACCCUCGGCGCGCAGACCGUCGUGGAGGUCGUGUGGAACCAGGAGGCGCUGCCGAUGUUCGCGCUCGGUCCGCCGCCGCCGCCGCCGACGCCCGGGGAGGGCGGCGGCGAGCCCGACGCCUCGGGCGCGGUCGCGGCGGCGCCGGGCGCCGGGACCAAGGCGCGUUCUCAUCACGCCGGUCCCCAUACGACCGCGUCGGCGUGGUGA